CAUGAACAGAAACUGAACUCUCACACUGUUAUCGCCCUGUGUGUGAUCGAGGCUGUGAGAAAUGGCGGAUUCUUUCACUUGUUCAGUUUGCUUGGAUCUAAUGAAGGAUCCAGUUGCCGUUCCAUGUGGACACACUUAUUGUCUGGGCUGUAUUAAAGGUUGCUGGGAUCAGGAAGAUGGUAAAGGCAUCUACAGCUGCCCCCAGUGCAGACAGACAUUUAGGCCAAGACCUGUUCUGAGUAGAAAUGUUCUGAUUGCUGAAAUGGUGGAGGAAUUUAGGAAGACCAGAAUGCAAACUUAUGUUCCUGCUCACUGUUAUACUGGACCUGGAGAUGUGGAGUGUGACAUCUGCACUGGGAAAAAACUGCAAGCCGUCAAAUCCUGUCUGGAUUGUCUGUUGUCUUACUGCAAAACUCACUUCAAAGCUCACAAUGACCUGCACCCAGGAAGAAAACACUCAGUGAUUGAUGCCACUGGUCAGCUACAGGAGAGGAUCUGCUCUCAUCAUAAGAAGGUUUUUGAAAUAUUUUGUCGAACCGAUCAGAGUUUUAUCUGCUAUCUGUGCAUGAUGGACGAACAUAAAGGCCAUGACACAGUCACAGCUGCAGCAGAACGGACUGACAAACAGAGACAGUUGGGGCAGACCCAGAGGAGAUUCAAUCAGAGAAUCCAGGAGAGAGAGAAGGAGCUGCAGGAGCUGAGGAAGGCUGUGUUGACUCUCAAGAGCUCUGCACAGACAGCAGUGGGGGACAGUGAGAAGAUCUUUACUGAGAUGAUCCGCUCCAUUGAGAGAAGGCGCUCUGAGGUGAAAGAGCUGAUCAGGGCUCAGGAGAAGGCUGAGGUGAGUCGGGCUGAAGGACUCCUGAAGCGACUGGAGCAGGAGAUUGCUGAGCUGAAGAGGAGAGAUGCUGAGCUGGAGCAGCUUUCACACACAGAGGAUCACAUCCAUUUCAUCAAGAAUGUCCUGUCAAUCAGAGACUCUUCUCGCUCUAAAGACUUACCCAGCAUGACCUUCAACCAAGGCUUCUCUUUUGAGGCUGUGAAGGAAUCUGUCUCUGGAGUGAAGGUGCAGCUGGAUGACAUCUUCAGGCAGGAAGUAGUCAGGAUAUCUGCAUCAGUGUCUGAAGUCCAGGCUGUUUUUCCUGAACCAGUGACCAGAGGAGAGUUCUCCCAGUACUCCUGUCACUUCACUCUGGAUCCAAACACGGCAAACAGAGACCUCUAUCUGUCUGAGGGGAACAGGAGGGUGGAAAAGAGAAAUGAGCUCCAGUCAUAUCCUGAUCAUCCAGAGAGAUUUGAUAGGUGGUGUCAGGUGCUGUGUAGAGAGGGUGUGUCUGGACGCUGCUACUGGGAGGUUGAAUGGAGUGGGGGGUGGGGGGGUUAUAUAGCAGUCUCAUAUAAAAGCAUCGGCAGGACAGGAAGGGCUAAUGAGUGUGUGUUUGGACAUAAUGAUCUGUCCUGGAGUCUAAGCCUUUCCAGCACCAGCUCCACUUUCUGGCACAAUAAUAAAGAGACUAAACUCCCUCUACUGGCCAGCCCCAGAAUAGGAGUGUAUGUGGAUCACAGGGCAGGAACUCUGGCCUUCUACAGCGUCUCUGACACAAUGACCCUCCUGCACAGAGUCCAGACCACAUUCACUCACACACUCUACCCUGGGUUUAGGUUUCUGGGUUCUGGAUCAUCAGUGAAGCUGUUGUGACUGACAUAUACAGAUGCUGAAUCCAGACUACAUUCACCCAGCCUCUCUACCCUGGGUUUAGGGUUAGACAUUAGAUCACCAGUGAAGCUGUUGUGACUCUGGGGUGGAGCGCUGGGGUGACCCCACAUAUUGGCAAGUGUACCGCACUGGUGUGGUGGUGGUCUGGGAAGAAAACAAUGCUCUGCAGCGGCAUCUGAGGCCAAACCCCCGUUUUCACAUGAUUCAGAUUUAUUGAACUCUACAACUCAAUUGUAAUCAACUCAAGUCAUCACAGCUCGAACCCAACUAACACAAUUCCCCAAGUGGGGAAACAUUAAGAGUAAAAUCUUGUCACACACCAAUCAGAGCCUCAUGAUAGGUAGAUAAAUGGGACAUGGGUGGCUUUACUUAUUUUGGAACAAUGGAUCUUUUUGGAGUACAAACUGCUUAUUUCAUCAUUAGUUUGUAUUGGUAAAUACAUUUAAAUAAUUUUACUGUAUUCAAUGUUCUUUACAUAUCAGUUUUUCACCAAAUUUCAGUUUACAUUUACAUUUACAUUUAGUCAUUUAGCAGACACUUUUGCCCAAAGCGACGUACAAGGGAGAGAAUAUUCAAGCUACGAGCAAUAGAACCUGGUGUAACAAUAAAUAAAUACUACUUUACAUAAGAAAUAUAACAAAAUGAAAUAAAAAAGAGAGAAAGAAGUGCAGAAAUGUAACUGCUGUAAUUGCAAGUUUAUUUCACUACAGAACAUAGAGGAAUUAAACUUUUGCAAAUGUA